GUUUUAAAUUGAAAAAAAUAUAUAUAUUUGAUACCACUUGUGUAUUUCCACUGUAAUAGUAGAAAAAGAUUGAUCAAAGAUUUAUUUUUCAUUCUUUAAAAAAGCCUUGUAUUUAAUGAUGAAUGAAAAAUGAGCAAAGAGGUGAGUGAUGGACUACUUGCUGGAUUUUUGUUUGGAAAUAUUGACGAAUCUGGAAGAUUGGAAAAUGAUUUUUUUGAUCAGGAUGCAGCAAAUCAGCUUGGUCAACUUGCUGAAUUCGGAGCAUUACAAAGUUUAGUUCAUGACAUUAGUGAAGAGAAAACUCAAGAUGAGUUUGGAACUAUUCAAGAGUUUACACAAAAAUCCUCUGAUUCUGUUGAUUACAGUAAUAUUGAUGAACUUGCUGAUGACUUCUAUGAACAAUCAACUUCCAAACCAAUAUUAUGUAUCAAAAAGGAGCAAGAUGAUUACGAUGAUUAUGAUGAGGUGAAAGAAAAAAAUCACGAUUUUCCUCUGCUCAUUCCACUUCCAUCAAUUGUGCCUAAAGCUGAAACAAUGGAUGUUGAAGAAACUGAUGAGGUCAAUGAUUUAUUUUCACCAUCCAGUCCUGCAGAACCUGUACAUGGUAGUAUGAAAAGCGAGUCUUCCUCGGGCAAUUUGACACAAAAAGACUGCCCUAUAAUAAGCUUAGCUUCAUUAGAAGGAAAGUCUGUCACAGACUUGUUUCCAGAUUUUCGCCCAAAUAAAGUUUUGCGGUUUUCACGUUUGUUUGGUCCAAGAAAGUAUGUCUCUGCCCAAUGGAAAGCGCACAAAAAAAAGAAACGAAAAAGAAAAUUACUUUCUAACGACACAGUAAAAAAAACAACAGGUUUUGAGCUAAAAUUUGGUCCAACUCCAAAGCCAGAAGACUUGGAAAUUGACGAUGCAAUUCUCCAUACUCAAUCGAUUCCUCUUCAUAUGUAUGGUGAACAAUAUCUAAGACACUUAAAAGUCAAUCAAAUUAGUUCUGCUGAAACCAAAUCAAAUGAAGGAUGCACAACUGAAUGGAUGUCAGGACCAGCAUACUACUGGUAUAAAAAACAUAGUGAUUUUAUUGAUAAAGGAAUUUUUAACUAUGGUUUUAAAGAAAAAUCCCAACAACAAAAAAAAGAAGAUAAAGAAAAAGAUGCUAACAUAAAAUUGCCAUCGGAUGAUCAUUUUAAUAUGGUCGCACUAAAAUCGUGGGAGGAUGAAAUAAUUUGGACUGACCAGGACUAUAAUCAAGAGAACAACACUUGGUGGAAUCAUAUGAAAGCAGGAUGGAUUCCGUCAGGAAAUAUAAGAACAAUGCAAGCUUAUUUAAACCAGUAUGCUAAUAAAGACCAUUCUUUGGAAUCUCUUAUCUGCACUAACAUUCUUAAAAACUUUGAAGCUCCUGCUGCUCCUAUGUUAAACAAAGAGCCCAAUAAUCAUAAGGUAUCUGAAUGGUACAGCAUUUUUCCUAUUGAAAAUAAAGAACUUGUAUAUGGAAAAUGGGAAGAUAAAAUUAUAUGGGAUAGCGAAGCUGUUGAUGAAAUUCCAUCUGCUGAGUUAUUUUGUCUUGAUCCAAAUGAUGAAAGUAUCAUUUUGAAUCUUCCUGAAGAUGAAACAAAAGAUCCAGUUUCAGAGUUUGGAGAAGAGGCAAUUUCAAAGAAAGAAUAUAAGAGUAAAAUAAAGAUAAAACGAUCAAAUAAUGAUGAAGAACCUGCUAUACAAGUUUCACAUAAAAAUAUUUUCAAUUUAUCAAAUGAUGAGUUUUAUCUUCCAAAACAAGAUCUAGCUGAAAAUCAGUUGCAAGCUGAUAUUGGGAAUUUAUGUAUUCAGCAUUCUACACCUGCAGUGGAGCUUCAAAGGCCAUUUUUUCCAACUUUUAUUCCUCCAAGUGAAUUACGUUUAUUCCAUAGACCAAGACUUAACAAGAAAAAGCUUGGAACUAAAGAAGGUUUUCAAGUUGUCCACUCUUUGUAUAAACGAAUCAAAAGGAAAGCAAAGGAGCGGGAAAAAGAGCGCCAAACAUUUGGAGGUGGUGAGAUGUUUUUUAUGCGUGAACCGGAAGAUUUAAGUGGAAUGGAUGGGGACAUAGUUUUAAUGGAAUAUUGCGAAGAAAUGCCACCAUUGCUUUCACAAGCUGGUAUGAAUAGCAGAAUUAAAAACUACUUUAACAGAAAACAUGGUAAAGAGCCACCAACUUUAGAGUAUGGAGAAAUUUCAUAUAUACAUCAUUCUCCUUUUCUUGGUCAGCUACAACAGGGUCAAAUUGUUCAAGCUUUAGAAAACAACCUAUUUCGUGCACCUAUCUACCAGCAUAGAAUAUACUCUACAGAUUUUUUACUUUUCAAAAUAGCUCACGGAUAUUACAUUCGAAAUCUUUCUGUAAUAUUUACAGUUGGCCAACUGUGUCCAAAGUGUGAAGUUCCUGGACCUAACUCCAAAAGAUCAAACAAUCAUAUCAGAGAUUUUUUGCAGAUUUUUAUCUAUCGACUAUUUUGGAAAAGUCCUGACAAACCACGUCGUAUUAAAAUGGAAGAUAUAAGAAAAGCAUUUCCAAAACAUUCAGAAAGUAGUGUUCGCAAAAGAUUAAAGUUGUGUGCUGAUUUUAGAAGAACAGGUGCUGAUUGCAACUGGUGGGUUUUAAAACCUGAUUUUCGCCUGCCAUCAGAAGAAGAAAUGCGGGCAAAUGUUACACCUGAGCAAACAUGUUGUUACUAUAUGAUGUUGGCAGCAGAACAAAGACUAAAAGAUGCAGGGUACGGUGAAAAAUCUUUAUUUGCUCCUGAUGAUGAUGAUAAUGAGAAUGAUGCAAAAAAAAUAGAUGAUGAAAUACAGAUUGCACCUUGGAACACUACUCGUGCAUAUAUACAAGCAAUGAAAGGAAAGUGUUUACUUCAAGUUACUGGUGUUGCUGAUCCCACUGGUUGUGGUGAAGGGUUUUCUUAUAUACGAAUACCGAACAAGCCAAUAACAGGCAAAGAUGAGACUGAAGAGCAAAAACAAGCUAAAAAACAAAAACUUGUAACUGGAACUGACGCUGAUCUUCGUAGACUAAAUUUGAAACAAGCUCGCAUUCUUCUAAAGGAAUUUAAUGUGCCACAGGAUGAGAUUCAAAAGCUGUCUCGCUGGGAAGUAAUAGAUAAAGUUCGUACAAUGUCUACUGAGGCAGCAAAACAAGGGACUACUGAAGUAGCAAUGAACAAGUUUGCACGUGGUUCUCGUUUUACAGUUGCUGAGCAUCAAGAACGAUACAAAGAUGAAUGUCAAAGAAUAUUUGAUCUUCAAAAUAAGGUGUUGUCAUCUGAUGCUAUAUUAUCAACAGAUGAAGAAAGCAGUGGUGAUGAAGAAAGUGAUAUGGAAGAUCUUGGAAAAGAUCUUGAAAGUAUGUUAUCAAACAAGAAAAUUUCAUCUGAGGAGCACGAAGAAGUUGAAAGACUUGAACUUCAAAAAUUGCUUAAUCAGGAAAAAGGAGAGAAAGAUUUAAGUAGACCUGCAUCUGCUUCUUCAAAUAUUACCAGAUCUUUAUCUGCAAAUUUUUCUGAAAAAUGUGAAGAACCAAUAUCUUUAGAGCAUCAUGCAGGAAGGCGUUUAAUAAUUCAUAGAACAUUUAGAGAAGGUGGCAGAGAGUUUAGUCGAUCAGAAACUGUUAAAAAUCAGUUUGUUAUAGAUUCCUACCUCCGUAUUGUUACUAGAGAGAAAAAUUACAGGGAAGUGUUUGCCAGUCAAGAUGAGAAACAUAAGGAAGACAUGCGAAGGGAACGAAGAAGAAUUCAAGAACAGCUACGCCGCAUUAAAAGAAAUGAAGAGCGUGAACGACUGCGACAGUUGCAGCAGCAAAUCACUGAAGAUGGUGGUAUUACAAUACAGCCAACCGCUGAAGACCAGGCUAAAUUAGAUGCCUUGUGUGACAAGCCUACAAAAAGUUUAAAAUGUGGUGCUUGUGGAGGAGUUGGACAUAUGAAAACAAACAAAAUGUGUCCCAAAUAUUCAGAGAUCUCGUCUGAAAAUGUCAGUUUGAGUGAUGAUGAUUUGAAUUCAGAGGAAAUGUCAAGUAUUUCUCAAGAUGAUCUUAUCAAAGUUGAAGGAACAAAAAUUACACUUGGCAAAGCAUUAAUUGAAGCACAUCAAGACAUGAAGAGAAAAGCGUUAACAAUUCGUAUUCCAAAGGAAAAUGUAAUACCUCAUCCACCACCACCUCCACCAAAGAAAAAGCGCCGCCCAACUACAAGUACACAAACCAAUGCAGAUUACUUGAAGAGACACCACAAAAGUAAGAACAGACGGCGAACAAAUCCUGUUGUUGCUCUUAGCCUUGUUUUGGAGCAGAUAGCAGCAAAGCUGAAGGAAAUUCCAGACAGCUGGCCUUUUCAUGCUCCUGUUUUGCCAAAAAUUGUACCUGAUUAUCAUAAUGUUGUAAAAAAUCCAAUGGAUUUACAAACUAUCAGAGAGAAUAUUAAGAAAAAUGGGUACCGAACACGUGAUGCCUUCCUUCAAGAUGUCACUAUCAUUCAUUCAAACUGUAUUCUAUAUAAUGGUUUGCACCACCCAUUAACAAAGGUUGCUGAGAACAUGGUUAAUCUUGCUAAUGAAGAAAUAAAAGCUAAUGAGAAAGAACUGGCUCAAAUAGAGCGUGAAAUAAAUCCUCUUUUAGAUGAUGAUCCUCAGGUCGGAAUCUCUUGGAUCUUUGAGACUAUUCUUUCGCAGCUUAAAGCUCUACCAGAGUCAUGGCCUUUUCACCAACCUGUUCCAGUGAAAGUUGUUCCAGAUUAUUAUGAUGUUAUACAAACUCCUAUUGACAUGGAAACAAUAAAACAGCGUUGCCAAGAGCAUUUUUAUCAAACACGAGAAAGUUUUAUGGCAGAUAUAAAUUUACUAUAUUCCAACAGUCUUACUUAUAAUGGAAUGGAGCACACAUUUACAAAGACUGCAUUAAAGUUAAAUAACAAAUGUAAACAACUUAUUAGUCAGAACAGUCAAAAGUUAUCGCAGUUAGAAAUUGCAAUUAUGCAACAACCAGAAGAUUUUAAUCUUCCAAGUGUCUCUGAAGCAAAUGAUGAUGAAACCUCAAUAUCUGGUUAUGUAGAUCCAUUGCGCAAAUUAGCUGAAAGUGUUGACACAAAGCAGGUGGUUACUGCAGCCGAUGAAGAUGAAUAUGUUGAUAUUGAAGGAGAAGAACUUACUUAUGAUGAUCAACAAAUUUAUGAUGGAAUGGAUUUUCAAAAUACCAACUAUGAUUCUUAUGAAGGCUUUGGUAAUGGGUUGUAUAACGACACUUUCUCAGUUGAUAAUCCUUCAAAUAACCAAAACGGAGAAAACAUGGAUCUUGGGUUGUUGUUAUUGCAAGAUCUUGUCCACAGUGAUGAAGACUCUGAUGAUUCUGAUGAUGAUAUACCAUUGGAUGAUGGGGAUGAAGACAUACCAUUAGAUGACGGAGAUGAAGAUAUUGCAUUAGAUGACGAAACUAAUAUUGAUAUAGAAAAUGACGAUGCACCGAAUUCUCCAGAAAUCGAAAAUCUCUCAGAUGAAGAAGAAGAACAGUUUGAAUACAACAAUAAAGAAGAUGCUUCCCUUCCAUCGUCUCCUCCUCAGACGCCACCUUAUUCAGAUGCUCCAGCUGAAACCGACGUUGAAGUUGACGUUGAAGCUCCAGCUGAUGCCGAUGGUGAUUAUCAGAAUUGGUUGUAGUAUAUUGGCAUAUUGUUACACUGGACAACUUAUCCAAAGUAAUUAUCGUAGUGAUUAUAAGUCAAUGAUAUUAGUCGGUUCGCUAAGCAUGAUAUAAUCUGUUAAACUACAUUAAAAACAAAUUUAAUGCAAAAAAAUUGCAUUAAAAAUUAAAAACGUAAUUACUCUAUAAAAAAGCAAAUGUAUUUAAACCAUAAUUUUAUUAAUAAAUUGAAUGUACAAAAUGGGACUAA